AUGGCUAAGUGCGAAUUGUCAAGCACAUUGAAGAACUUGAAGUUGCCUAAUUGUGGGUAUACGUUGAUUGCGGUUGUUGGUAUUAAGGAUCCGCUUAGGCUAGGGGUUAAGGAAGCAGUGGAGAUUUGUUUAGCAGCCGGGAUUACUGUGUGUAUGGUUACGGGUGAUAAUAUUAACACAACUCGAGCCAUUGCCAAGGAAUGUGGUAUAGUAACUGAAGGUGGGUUAGCCAUUGAAGAGCCAGUGUUUCGAGCUAAAUCAGAUCCAGAAAAGUGUGAACUAGCACCGAGAAUUCAGGUAAUGGCUAGAUCAUCACCAACAGACAAGUUAAAGCUUGUAGAGCAUUUGAGGGGUCUGUAUGAAGUUGUUGCAGUCACAGGUGAUGGGACAAAUGAUGCUCCAACUUUACAUGAAUCAGAUAUCGGAUUCGCCAAGGGUAUAGCAGAAACAUCAUAUAGAUGUUUUUGAUAUUGUUGAUGUAAUUCAAGGCUUGCCAAAUAUGUAUAACCUGGGAUGGAGAAGAGGCAACAUGUAUCAUAGAUGAUUACUACUCUAUUUAAGGUCAUUUGCCAACAUUUCACUUCCCCUGUUUUUUAAUGGUUCA